AGCUAACGUUUUCACACAGCGUAAGACAUUCCUCCCCUCCUUUCUUUCUUUCUUUCUUUAAAGCCCCUUCGUGCUCCUCACCGCACGGAGCAUCCUCCGCGACACACGCCUCCCACUUCUCUUGCACACACACACACACACACACACACACACUCAUACGCACGUACGUUCUCCAAUAUGGUCAACCCGUUUCUGUGGAUCGUGGUUGUUGGCGGCUUCGUGUGCUUUCUGGUGGCGUGCGGCAACGGCGCCAACGAUCUGGCGAACGCCUUCGGCACGAGCUACGGCUCGCGUGUGCUGACGCUGCUGCAGAUCAUCGUCAUCGCGGCCGUGUGUGAGUUUGCCGGGGCGGCCGGGUUGGGCAGCAACGUCGCCACGACGAUGUCGAGCGGCAUCGCGAAGAUGUCGACCUUCCAGAACGACCCGUACGUGCUCAUGUACGGCUUCCUCUGCACCCUCGGCGCGUCCUUUCUGUGGCUGCUGUACGCCACCGUGGCGAAUCUGCCGGUGUCCUCGCACCACGCCGUCGCAGGCGGCAUUAUCGGCUUCGCACUUGUCUACGGCGGCGGCGAUGCCGUGGUCUGGGCUGGCCACAAGAGCACCUUCCCCUACGUCUCCGGCGUGGUGCCGAUCGUUGUCUCGUGGUUUGUCUCGCCGCUGCUGGCGGGCCUGGCGGCAGCGAUUCUCCACUGCGCCGGCCGCUACCUCUUCCUCGAGCGCGCCUACGCCGUUCGCCUCGCACCCUUUCUGCUGCCGGUUGUGGUGCUCGUCGUAUUUUUCUUGGAGUUCCUCUUUAUUUUCCUAAGUGCGGCGAGCAGCCGACUGGGGUGGAAAUCAAGCCACUCCACCUGGAUGGCCGUGGUGGUAGCCGUUGGCGCGGCGCUGCUGUCGCUGCCGCUGAUCCCGCUGCUGAGGCGGCGCUUGGCGGCGAUGGCACGAUCAGCCGAAGCCCACGCUGCGGAGGAGGGCUGCGACGCAAUCGAAUCGAUGCGGCAGUCGAUGAACGGGGCACGCGUACGUCACGUCCGCACCUUCGCGUCGGCGGCGCUCGCGGCGGAGUACCGCGCUGGGCAGAAGCAGCAGCGUCGUGCGGUCAUCGCGGGAUUGGACGCGGGAGGUACGGACAAGAAGAACAACGGCACACAACAGCAGCGGCAGGGCGACGAAGAUGCGGAGGACGACAUGCUGCAACCGCCGUUGUUGGCGCCUGCGCGCACAGGUGUCUCCCACAACAACAACCAGAGCGACGUGCGCAACAGCGAGGCCGACGCACGCGCGGCGCGGAAGCUGUGUGUGUCGCGGGAAGUGGACGGUGCCGUGGUUCGAGAGGACACGUCGGAGGCAGACGGAGAAGACGCGGGCUCCACCCCUGACUCCGACAAUCGCGCCACCGCGCUUCCCUUCGGUGGCGGCGCGCGUGUCGACCCCAACCACAACUACUUGGUGUACGACGAGGCGGGCGUGCUGCUGUUUGAUCCUCGCGCCGAGUACCUCUUCCGCCUCCUGCAGGUCUUCACCGCCGCCUGCACCUCGCUGGCGCACGGCUCGAAUGAUGUGAGCAACUCUAUCGGUCCCUACGCCGCCAUCUACGAGAUCUACCGCACCGGCACGGUGGAGAGCACGACGCACGUGUCGACGUGGCUGCUGUGCCUCGGUGGUGCGGGCAUCGUGGUGGGUCUGGCCACCUUCGGUCUCAACAUCAUGCGGCUGCUCGGCGAGGACUUGGCGAUGCUGACGCCGCUGCGUGGCUGCGCCGCGGAGGUGGCGACGGCGCUCGUCGUGUCCCUCGCCACCGUCUAUGGCAUCCCCGUCUCCUCCACCCACUGCAUUACCGGGGCGGUGCUGGCGAUCUCGAUGGUCGAUGUCGGUUUUCACCGCGUUCGCUGGGCACUCGUGCUGAAGAUGUACGCCGGGUGGAUCUUUACGCUGGUCGUCACCGCUGUCGCCUCCGCCUGCUUCUUCGCGCAGGGCAUCACUGCACCGGUGCCGACCACGCCGCAGUAA